AUGCGUUUCACUACCAUUCUCAUCGUCGGCCUUGCCUCUGUGGCCACCUCUUUUGCUCGCCCCAAUGGAGAAUCCAGCCAAGCCAACUGCGGGUAUCCCAACGGCAACUGCUACCAGAACGACUGCCAUGGAGAGCUGAGCGUUGAUAGAAUCACUUGUUUCUCUGGCCCCUACCGUGACUGCCCAUGCGGAUAUAACUGCGGUAGCAAUGUCGGAAAAUGCAACGAGAACGGCUGUGAGGGUCAUGCGGGCCGUUGCACCCGCAACUACCUCGGCUGCUCUUGUGUCUAG